UCUGUGAUGGCAGUAAAAAGACCGGAAAAGGGAAGGACUUUGGGUGGUUAUAUAAUCCAGUGCUAGAACGAGAGAGAGAGAAAAAAAGAAGUCAGCUGUGAUAAGUAGCAUGACGGAAGUGUGUCCAGGUCAAAAGUUUUGAGGGAAAGAAACUGAGUGACAAAGACAAAAUUGCAAUUUCUUAUUUCAUCAUGGAAGGAUCUGAUGUUUCUUUGAUGACGUCGACCAGCAGACCAGAACUGUUUGACUUUGAAGGCAUCUCUAUGGUGCAUUACUUUACUGAUGACUGGGAAAAUGUUCAAAACUUCCAGGCAAGACCAGAUGACAUCCUCAUUGCUACUUACCCCAAAGCAGGCACCACCUGGGUUUCCUACAUCUUAGACCUUAUUUAUUUUGGCAAUACAGCACCAGAGCGUCAGACCUCAAUACCCAUCUACUUGCGAGUGCCUUUCCUUGAGGCGGUUAUUCCUAAGAUAGCUACAGGGGUUGAACUAGUAAAUAAUUUAUCCACCACACCACGACUCAUCAAAACUCAUUUACCUGUUCAGCUGGUGCCCAAGUCCUUCUGGGAACAGAACUGCAAGGUUGUCUAUGUAGCUCGUAAUGCCAAAGACAAUGCUGUGUCAUACUUCCACUUUGAGCGCAUGAAUCACCUACAACCUGAUCCAGGAGACUGGAACAAUUAUCUACAGAUGUUCAUGGAUGGAAAGAAGGUGUUUGGACCUUGGUAUGAUCAUGUGACUGGCUACUGGGAGAAGAAGCAGACAUACUCUAAUCUUCACUACAUGUUCUUUGAAGAUAUGGUGGAGAACACUGAUCGUGAGGUGGAGCGUCUUUCUUCUUUCCUCGGUUUAUCUACACCAAAAGAAGAGAGAGAGAAGAUUACAAAAAAUACCCACUUUGAUGCCAUGAAGCAAAACAAGAUGACCAACUACUCCACAAUCCCAGUGAUGAAUUUUUCAAUCUCACCGUUUAUGCGCAAAGGUAAAGUCGGUGACUGGAAGAAUCACUUCACCGUGGCCCAGAAUGAGCAGUUUGACAAACACUACAAAGAGAGGAUGAAGAACCCAACUUUAAAGUUCCGCACAGAGAUUUAGGACAUCAUGAGACCUGAGAAUUGUAAUUUACAUGGUGAAAAAUUUCAAACACAGAUUUAGGACAUCCUGAGACCUUAUAAUUCUUAGAAUUUUGCAUGUACAAAUAUCCCUCAAUGAUCAUUUUGCCUACAUGUAAGCUGUAAACAGUACAAACUAUAUAAGGAAUAAUCUGAACAAUUCAAAUAUGUUAUUAUUUAUAUAGUAACAACUUACACAGCUUUUGUAUAGCAGAAGCUCCACAUAAAGGGAUUAGAAAAUGUCUGAAUGUUGAAAUGGUGUUUUUUUAUGUGAGGAGAUGUUUAUUUAACACAGAGUCUCCAGUGUCAACAUUUGUAAUAGUCAGAGGUAAAGCUCUUUAAGUUUCACGACAUUAUUAUCUCUGUUAGCGUUGGGAAAACGCUGUGGUAUAAGAGGAAUAAGACACUUUGGGACAUCCUGCUAUAGGAAAAAAAAUUCAUUUUGGGCUUUUUUUUUUAUUUGGCUGCAUCACAACACCCCAUCAUUGAUUAUUUUUCUACAACAUGUCCCCUUGUGUUUUAUUCUUGACAUCAUUUACAUUGUUUACCACAAAAUCUAGAAAUUCUUAGUUUUGAAAUGCCUACAGAGCAUUUCUGUGGCAGUUGCCGUUACAUAAAAGCAUCUGCCGAGAUACAUUUUGGCUGUAUAUAACUAUGGACCUGUGAAUCGAUUGCUGCAAAUUAAAUACCACAUGGAUUGAUUUAAUGAAUUGGCAAGUCUUUAAAAAUGAAAAACAUGCUUGUUGUGCCAGUGUAAAAUGCUACUUUUAUACUCUACUAUCACCUUGACAUUGAGUGUGACAUGCUACAAACUGUAGCUUCUCUCUUCUUCUCUAAGCAAUAAAGUAAACAAACUAAUAAAUUAAAACAAA